AACAGCUGAUAUUGAGUAAACGACGCUGCGGCAAAUUUACAGCAGCAAAUUACAAAUUGUGAAGGCGCAAUUAGUGCAAACAUUUGUCAAGUUAAUUAAACUGUGUAAAUUGCAGCAAGUAAAUGGAUACCUCUCGCGAACGCCGUAAAAUGGUUCAGAUGAAAAAGCAGCUAAAGCUGCUGCCAAUUAAUUUGAGAAAAAAAGCUAUACGUGAAGCGCGCAAUUUAGCGGGCAUUCAACAACAAAAAGUGCAACGAAAAUUGAAAAAGCGAAACAAACAAAACGAUUUCGAGCGCGCUGAACACAAUGCAAUGUUGGCGGCAACCGAUCAAGAGCUGCAGCAGAUUUUGGCGGACUACGAAGAGUUGGCAGACGUGCCUUUCGACUGCACACCGGCAGAGCUGCUAGGAAUGAUUGCCACAGCAGAGGGCCGUGCCACAACAACAAUUUACGUGCAACGCGACGGACUCAGCACGCUAAAAAUUGUGCUACAUCAGCGCUCUCCCACAAUUGCCCAAUUGAAAUCAGCAAUCGCCUCAAUUGCGCUCGCUCAGCACAAACGAAGGCAGCGUAACGAACGUCAUCGUGCAUUAGCCGAAGACGUUGCCGGUCAGCACGAAGACGCCACGAGCGAUCAACAACAACAGGUUGCGAUGGUUGCUAAUGCUGGUGCUGGCGCUGGAAAUGAAGCCAUCAAGCUGCCGCGCUCCAGUUGUGAGUUAGUUAACUCGGCGCAGCGCAACGGUCACGAACAUCGCGCGCUUGUCUCUUGGCGUUUUCUAUGGCGCUGCUUUGCACUGUUCAACGUGGACACCAAUCAGCCGAUCGAUGACAACGCGGCCAACGGACGCGCAACUCUAACGGCGCUUGGCAUUGAAAACGGCUCCAAACUAAAGUUUGUGCAUCGCGUCAAGUAUUUCGGUCGCAAGCGGCAAACCUGAAAGAC